UUUGUACAUAUGGAUCAACACAGAUCAACACAAUGUGCCCAAGGACAAAACUUAAGAUUCUAGUCAUACUUAUUUUACUGAUACUAGCUGUGACUAACUAUCUACAUCUACAGAGAGGAACUCUUUUACAAGACAAUGUACAAAUCAGAGAUAUUAUGAUACAGAUACAAGUGGAAAGGUUUUGUCAGAAGUACAACUUAACAAAAGAAUCGAACUAUGGUCAUAGGGCACCAGAAGAAAGGUUUCUUCGCCAGAUACUUGUUAACCAAGAUUCCAAAGUACUGUACUGUUUUGCUCCAAAAGUGGGCUGUACACACCUCAAGAUUGCGUUCCUUCAAAGUCAAGGCUUGCUAAAAAAUUGGUCACCAAAUGUGUAUCAGCAGACAAGAACUGACCCUGUGUUUAUCUCAACAGUUUUCAGUACAGCACUUAAGGCUCUCAGUUUUAAAGAGCGCAACAAAGCGUUGAACGAUUAUUACAAAUUUAUCAUGUAUCGAAAUCCAUUGGAAAGGCUUGUCAGCGCUUACAGAGACAAAGUUCACAAGUAUCCACUGAAAGGAUUUAAACGAAACACACCUCACUACAACUGGAUCAAGAAAGAAAUUUACCAACACACACAUCCACAAGAGUACAAGCAAUGGUAUGCAGCAGGAGGACAAAAAGAAGUUGCUAUAUCAUUUUUUGAUUUUGUUACAUACUGGUUAGACACGGGUGCAAGAGAAGAUAAACAUUUUUUGCCAAUAUUUGACCUCUGUUCACCUUGUGCAAUAAGAUAUGACUAUUAUGGUAACUUCAAGUCAUUUAACCGAGAUGCAAAGGUGCUUUUGGACAAGAUCCAUGGAAACUCGAGCCUACUACUACGAGGGUAUUAUGAAGGAAAAAAUGGUACGGACACAGCAACAUUCCAAAAAGAAGUCUAUGCUCAACUAACAAAAAAGCAAAAAGUUUGCGUACUCCAAAAGCUAUCACAAGACAUAGACUUUUACUACCAUCUUUUCCCAGAAGAAGGAGACAGUCACAAGAGAAUUCUCAACAUAUCAAAUGAACUCGGUGUGCCACAUGAAUAAUUUAUAUACCCUAUAUUAAUUAUGCCCCAAGGUGUAGCCGCAGGAGGAAUACAGUGUAUAGAAGCGAUAUGGGGCUCCCCUCAUCCUCGAUUAAUCGGCAUGGAUUCGAGGCUACGCCUGUGCCAAAUAUUCCAGAAUAUCAAUCUUUUUUACAAUUUGAAUAAUAGCAGUGUGAGAAUGGUGUAUAA